GAGCGCGAGCCGAGCUGGAACCCAGGGACCGCGGCCCCGCCAAAGCCGGGUCCGAACCCAGUUCUCCAGGCCGACUUCACUGCGCCUGCCACGCCGAUCUCUGCACUGUCUCUCGCCAGGCGCCCCCCGGAGGGAACUGUCUGUUAGGAUGGGAGCUGUGGAGAGGCAGAGGCAGCACACACCCCUCAAGGCUGGGCUGGCCACAGCAUGGCUCAUCCUGAUCCUCUUCUUUGGGGCCAUGUCUGAAGUGGUUGCUGAGUGCCCUGACCAGAACCCUGAGCUGCAGCUCUGGAAUCCUGGCCAUGAUCCGGAGCACCACGUGCACAUCGGCAAGGGCAGGACGCUGCUGCUUGCCUCCUCUGCCACAGUCCACUCCAUCAACAUCUCCGAGGGGGGCAAGCUCAUCAUUAAGGACCACGAGGAGCCCAUUGUUUUGCGCACCCGCCACAUCCUGAUUGACAGUGGAGGAGAGCUGCAUGCUGGGAGUGCCCUCUGCCCUUUCCAGGGCAAUUUCAGCAUCAUUCUGUAUGGAAGAGCCGAUGAAGACAUCGAGCCAGACCCUUACUAUGGGCUGAAGUACAUCGGUGUGGACAGGGGUGGCACCUUGGAACUGCACGGCCAGAAGAAGCUCUCCUGGACAUUUCUGAGCAAGACUCUCCACCCAGGGGGGAUGGAGGAGGGAGGCUAUUUUUUUGAAAGGAGCUGGGGCCACCGUGGAGUCAUUGUCCAUGUCAUCAACCCCAAAUCUGGCACAGUCAUCCACUCUGAUAGAUUUGACACCUACAGGUCCAAGAAAGAGAGUGAGCGCUUGGUCCAGUAUUUGAAUGCGGUUCCUGAUGGCAGAAUCCUUUCUGUGGCGGUGAAUGAUGAAGGCUCCCGAAACCUGGAUGACCUGGCCCGGAAAGCUAUGACCAAGCUGGGCAGCAAACACUUCCUGCACCUUGGAUUUAGACACCCUUGGAGUUUUAUCACUGUGAAAGGAAAUCCAUCUUCUUCAGUGGAAGACCACAUCGACUACCACGGCCACCGUGGCUCUGCAGCUGCCCGGGUGUUCAAACUCUUCCGGACAGAGCAUGGCGAAUACUUCAAUGUCUCCUCAUCCAGUGAAUGGGUCCAAGAUGUGGAGUGGACGGAGUGGUUCAACCAUGAUAAAGUGUCUCAAACUAAAGGCGGGGAGAAAAUUUCAGACCUCCGACUAGCUUACCCAGGAAAAAUCUGCAACCGCCCCCUUGACAUACAGGCCACGACGAUGGACGGAGUCAAGCUGAGCACUGAGGUUGUCUACAAAAGGGGCCAGGACUACAAGUUCGCCUGCUAUGACCGCGGCCGCGCCUGCCAGAGCUACCGUGUGCGCUUCCUCUGCGGGAAGCCUGUGAGGCCCAAGCUCACAGUUACCAUUGACACCAACGUAAACAGCACCAUCCUGACCCUGGAGGACGAUGUGCGGUCCUGGAGACCUGGAGACACCCUGGUGGUUGCCAGCACCGACUAUUCCAUGUACCAGGCAGAAGAGUUCCAGGUGCUGCCCUGUCGAACCUGUGCCUUCAACCAGGUCAAAGUGGCAGGGAAGCCGCGGUACCUGCACAUCGGGGAGGAGAUAGACGGCGUGGACAUGCGGGCCGAGGUCGGGCUCCUGAGCCGGAACAUCGUGAUCAUGGGGGAGAUGGAGGACAAGUGCUACCCCUACAGCAAUCACCUCUGCAGCUUCUUUGACUUCGAUACCUUUGGGGGCCACAUAAAGUUUGCACUGGGGUUUAAGGCUGUACAUCUGUCUGGCGUGGAGCUGAAGCACAUGGGACAGCAGUUGGUGGGCCAGUACCCAAUCCACUUCCACCUGGCAGGCGACGUGGACAAGCGGGGUGGCUACGAUCCGCCCACCUACAUCAAGGACCUCUCCAUCCACCACACGUUCUCCCGCUGUGUCACCGUCCACGGCUCUAACGGCCUGUUGGUCCAGGAUGUCGUAGGCUAUAACUCGCUGGGCCACUGCUUCUUCACGGAGGAUGGCCCAGAGGAACGCAACACAUUUGACCACUGCCUUGGCCUCCUCGUCAAGUCCGGAACCCUCUUGCCCUCCGACCGAGAUAGCAAGAUGUGCAAGAUGAUCACAGAGGACUCCUACCCAGGCUAUGUGCCCAAGCCCAGGCAGGACUGCAAUGCAGUGUCCACCUUCUGGAUGGCCAAUCCCAACAACAACCUGAUCAACUGCUCUGCGGCAGGGUCGGAGGAAACAGGAUUCUGGUUCAUUUUCCACCACGUGCCGACGGGCCCCUCGGCGGGGAUGUACUCCCCAGGGUACUCGGAGCACAUUCCAUUGGGCAGAUUCUUCAAUAACCGCGCCCACUCCAACUAUCGGGCUGGCAUGAUCAUAGACAACGGGGUUAAAACCACCGAGGCUUCUGCCAAGGACAAGAGGCCGUUCCUGUCUAUCAUCUCAGCCAGGUACAGCCCGCACCAGGAUGCCGACCCGCUCAAGCCCCGGGAGCCUGCCAUCAUCAAGCACUUCACGGCGUACAAGAACCAGGACCACGGGGCCUGGUUGCGUGGCGGGGAUGUGUGGCUGGACAGCUGCCGGUUUGCUGACAAUGGCAUCGGUCUGACCUUAGCCAGUGGUGGGACCUUUCCAUAUGAUGAAGGCUCCAAGCAAGAGAUCAAGAACAGCUUGUUUGUAGGCGAGAGUGGCAACGUGGGCACAGAAAUGAUGGAUAACAGGAUCUGGGGCCCGGGCGGCCUGGACCACAGCGGAAGGACCCUCCCCAUAGGCCAGAAUUUUCCGAUUAGAGGAAUCCAGUUCUACGAUGGCCCCAUCAACAUCCAGAACUGCACCUUCCGGAAGUUCGUAGCCCUGGAGGGCCGGCACACCAGCGCCCUGGCCUUCCGUCUGAACAAUGCAUGGCAGAGCUGCCCACACAACAAUGUGACUGGCAUCACCUUUGAGGAUGUCCCGAUCACUUCUAGAGUGUUCUUCGGAGAGCCCGGGCCCUGGUUCAACCAACUGGACAUGGAUGGAGACAAAACAUCCGUCUUCCAUGAUGUGGAUGGCUCCGUAUCUGAAUACCCUGGCUCCUACCUCACCAAGGAGGACAACUGGCUGGUGCGCCACCCGGACUGCAUCGACGUCCCUGACUGGAGGGGGGCCAUCUGCAGUGGGCGCUAUGCACAGAUGUACAUUCAGGCCUACAAGACCAGUAACUUGCGGAUGAAGAUCAUUAAGAAUGACUUCCCCAGCCACCCUCUCCACCUGGAGGGGGCCCUCACCAGGAGCACCCAUUACCAGCAGUACCAGCCUGUCAUCACCCUGCACAAGGGCUACACCAUCCACUGGGACCAGGUGGCUCCUGCGGAACUCGCCAUCUGGCUCAUCAACUUCAACAAGGGUGACUGGAUCCGAGUGGGACUGUGUUACCCACGAGGCACCACCUUCUCUAUCCUCUCCGAUGUUCACAAUCGCCUGCUCAAGCAAACGUCCAAGACGGGCACCUUUGUGAGGACCUUCCAGAUGGAGAAAUUAGAACAGAGCUAUCCCAGCAGGAGCCACUAUUACUGGGAUGAAGACUCGGGGCUCUUGUUCCUGAAGCUCAAAGCUCAGAAUGAGAGGGAGAAGUUCGCUUUCUGCUCUGUGAAAGGCUGCGAGAGGAUAAAGAUUAAAGCUCUGAUCCCAAAACACGCGGGCAUCAGCGACUGCACGGCUGCCGCCUACCCCAGGUUCGCCGAGCGGGCUGUGGUGGAUGUGCCCAUGCCCCCCAAGCUCCGAGGCACACAGCUGAAGUCCAAGGACCACUUCCUGGAGGUCAAAGUGGAGAGCUCCCGGCAGCACUACUUCCACCUGCGGAGCGACUUUGCCUACGUCCAGGUGGACGGGAGAAAAUAUCCCAGCUUGGAAGAUGGUGUCCAAGUGGUGGUGAUUGAUGGGCGCCAGGGGCACGUGGUGAGCCAGGGCAUCUUCAGGAGCUCCCUCCUGCAGGGUAUCCCCUGGCAGAUCUUCAGCUACGUGGCAGCCAUCCCUGACAACUCCAUAGUAGUCAUGGCAUCGAAGGGAAGAUACGUCACCAGAGGCCCAUGGACCAGAGUGCUGGAGAAGCUGGGGGCAGAACGGGGUCUCAGGUUAAAAGAGAAACUGGCAUUCAUUGGCUACAAAGGCAGCUUCCGGCCCACCUGGGUGACUCUGCAGACUGAGGAGCACAAGGCCAAAAUCUUCCAAGUUGUGCCCAUUCCUGUGGUGAGGAAGAGGCAGCUGUGAAGAUGCCGCCACCUUGGUGCCACUGUGGGAGACUCUGCUACAGACCCUUGGCUCUCAGCUCUGUGGAUGGCUCCCCAGGACAUGGCUUGUCAGUCCUGCUGGCCAAGGGAAGAAUGUCAGAGACCUCUGGUGCUGCCACCCGCCCCGACUCACUCAUCUACCUGCAGCGGGGGCGGUGCUGGCCUCUCGGGUGCUUCUUUCCUAUCCGUGCCUCUUCUGCAGGGAUGUGAGGUGGCCUGGGUUGUGCUGCCUGCAAAGGUCCACUUUGGUUGGAUCCUUGGCCCAGGGAGGAAGUGGCAAGAAGGACUGGGUCACCUGCAGAUCCCGUGGUCACCAGCAGAUGUGUCAGGGGGCAGUGUAGGAAUGAGAAUCCCAGCCCUCAGAAGAUCUUUACUCCCAUGAGCGAGGACAAGCCCUUGCUGUGUAGACAGAGCUUGCAGCUGGCCCCCUGGGGAGUGGCUGCCUCUUGGGAGACUCCAGGGUCAUGUUGGAACCAAGGCCUUUCUGCACUGUGAAGCCAGAAGUCUGUACUGGAACCCAGCAGCAGCCAAAAACAAUCUUCCCAGUGGACUCGUAGGACAAGAGUGCUGGGGCCCAUGGGUAGAGAGAUGAGGAAUGUGCAAGCUGAAGGGUGGCCUGCCAGGUGGAAAGAAGAGAAGGCCAGUGCCCAUCAGAGUUGGGACAGGUGCAGGGUGCUGGGAGGACACAUUGUAUGGUGGGAGUGAAGGGCUGUUUGUUGGUGAAGAGGGGCUGGUGGCCUCUUGGGUGGCUCAGCAGUGAGUGUAUUCCUGGCCUCACCUGCUGCAGUCGGGUGACUGCAGGGUCACCUUUGUCCUCUGCUAGCUGACCCACACAGGACAGAGAUGGUGGGGGGGGGGGUUGGGCUGGACUGGUACUCCCCUGAGCCUAUGGAUCCAGCCCUCAGAAGGUGCAGAUCGGGGACAAGGGACCGGCUCACCCUCAGCCUUCGGUCAGCAUCGAGGAAGAUGAAGUCCUGGGUGAGGAGAGGCACGUGGCCAGGGCAGCCCAGACCCCUUUCCAGCAGUUGCUGCCACACCAUGUUGCCUCAACAGCUGGCCCUGGGGACCAGCUACCUGAAGUAGCUUCCCAGAAGACAUCUGGUCCCUUUCCAUGGAAAGAGAAGAAGAAUGAUCCUCACCUGGUGGCUAUUUCCCACCUGCCCUCCUCUGGGUGUCAGGGUCUCUGCACUGCCAUCACUUUGCUCACACUGCCCACCAGCCCUUGCCAGGAGCCCCACGGUGGUAGUCACUCCCUUGGUGCUAACUGUGUCUGCUGUCCCACAGCAAGGCCUGUAGAUGGUGUCCCCCUAAGUUCCUGGUGAGCCAUUUCAACUCACAGAGAAGUCUAAAGAGAUACUGUUCUUAUCUACUGCUCAGAGCCCUGAUGGGUCUCACACUGUCCCUGGACCAGGGAACAUAGCCUGUGGCCUCCCGGGGGCUCCUGAAUGCAUGUGUUUCCACUCUGCCCCAGCCACAAACUCUUUCUUUGAAAGAGGGCUUGCUGGAUCCCUCUGCACCCCUGAUACUCUGUCCCAAAGCCCACUCCCCAGGCUGAACCCACUGCCGGAAAGGUCUUUCAGCCACUGGGAGGUGACAGCAGGACUUUGCCUCUUAAACACAGCUGCUUUGAGGGCCCAAAGCAUGGGACGGAUCCUUCUGGGGAGCUGAGCAGGCAGUGACCUCAUUCCCUUCUUGUGUAGCCGUUGACUUCUCUAGCUCUUCCAACACAAGGGCCUCAUACUGUGAACCACUUAGGAUGCGAUCACUUUUGGGGUGGCCAGGAACGCUGAAUGUCUUUGGGUCAGUUCAUCCUGAAGAUGUCUAUUGGAAAUGUCUCAGAGUUGUACAUAUAUGUGAAAUGACAGGUUCUGUACAUAAAAUUGUUUUUCCUAAAAUGUUCACCAAGAGGCAAUGACUAGGCACUUUGCGGGUGGCACAAAUUUCCUUAAUGCUGAGAAAACCGUUCUUGCUGUUCUUUCUGUUUGUAAAUGACAGUGAGUUGGACCUCUAAGGAAAAUAACAAUCCUCCGAAAUGCUUGUCUUUUUCCUGUUGCCGAAUUAGCUGGUCCUUUUUCGGAAGUUGGAUGUACAGUGUGUUUUGUAUAUAAAUAUUUCUUGUAGGUGUCACCAUGAACAAAGAUAUAUUUUCUAUUUAUUUAUUGUAUAUGCAUUUCAAGGAGUCAUUGUCAGAGAAAUGAAGUGGCAUUUCAGAUGUCAUGUCUGAGGGUGUCCUUUGGACUGCUUGGGAGGGGUGUGCCUAAAGCCAGGGACAUUGGCUCUGGUCUGGAAAAUUGAGCUGUACCCUAAUAAACGCACGAAGGAUGCCA